GCAUCGUCCGUGGGUCUUUCAAAAUCUUGAUAUUAGUUGUAUUUUCUCUUUUUUUCAGGAUGACUACAAUCGAAACGUCGAUGAAAGUGUGGCUUCUAAUGAAAAUAUGGACAGCACCAAAGACCCAUGUCGGAACGUCAAGUGCAGCCGCCACAAGUUGUGCGUGGCUCACGACUCUCAGAGGGCCGUGUGCGUCAGUCGCAAAAAGCUCCAGCAAAGAGUCCAGGAGGAAGAGCUGCCGGGGGGCCGCGUCACCACCUGCCCCCCCUGUCCCCCCGCUGUCUACGGCCCGGUGUGCGGUUCGGAUGGGCACAAUUAUGUCUCGCAGUGUAAGCUACAGCAGCAAGCCUGCCUCACAGGAAAAGUCUUAAGCGUCAUGUGUGCUGGAUUUUGCCCCUGCAUCCCAUCCGUCACCUCAGUCAAGGCCGAGGCCAAACAUGAGAGCUGCACUGCUCAGGACCUGGCAGACUUAGGAGAACGCCUCAGGGAUUGGUUCCAGCUCCUACACGGAAACGCCAAGACAAAUAAAUCGGGCAAACUGGCAGCCAGGACCACAUCAGCGUUGGACAAGAGUUUGCUGAGCAGCUGCAAAGACUCCAUCGGUUGGAUGUUCCUUAAACUGGACGCUGAUGGUGACCUCCACCUGGACCCUGGCGAACUGGCCGCGGUAAACCUGGACAAGUACGAGGUGUGCAUCAGACCUUUCUUCAAUUCCUGCGACAGCUACAAGGAUGGCAAGGUGUCCGUGGCUGAGUGGUGCCUCUGCUUCUGGAGGGAAAAGCCGCCGUGCCUUGCUGAGCUAGAGAAGAUCCAAAUGCAAGAUGUGACCAAAAAGAAACCUGGCAUGUACAUUCCCAUCUGCGAUGAGGAUGGCUUUUACAGGAAGUUGCAAUGUGAGCAAAGCACCAGAGAGUGUUGGUGUGUGGACCAACAUGGCGGUACUGAGGUGACCGGCACCAGAAUCCGCGGCAACCCCGACUGUGACGAAGAGUUGGGCUACUCCGGCCAUUUUGGGAGUGGGGUGGGCUGGGAGGAUGAAGAAGAAAAGGAAGUGGAAGAAGAAGAGGAGGAAGAGGAAGAAGAAGAAGAGGAGGUAGAUGAUGGAGGUUAUAUCUGGUAGUUGGUGUUGGAGCCUUAAUGGAGAGCUGGGUUGUGGCCUCCGACCCCAAUCAGGGACAGCAGAGACGGUUGGAUUCCGGGCCGAAGAGGAGUUGGCGAGUGGUGUAUUUUUGUCAUAGAUAUUGCGCCAUUUAUUCAUCUGGACUUCAAAUAUGAACUGAACUUAUCAUUAGUUUAGCAUAAGCAACAAGUUGGCACACUCAUCAUUUUGUCAGUUUUACAACAAAGACAAUUCUUUGUGUUGCUAACAGCAUUCAGUAGAAUGUAGCGUGACGGCGAUGACUUGAAGUUGUGUAUUGCUUCGAUGACAACAUGGCAUGCUUAGCGCUAGGCCUGCUCUUUUCUUUUUCUUAUUGGUGUCGCAUGACCUUGUGAAGAAGAAUGUACUUAUGGGUGCAGCGCUUUACUAAUAAUAAACUAGGAAAAAAAUGAAUAAAUUCCUGAAGGAUAAUAGUAUAGUGUAUUUUAAAACUCAUCAUCUGUGUACAUUUAUUGUACAUUAACAUGGUCAAUUAUUGUUCAUAAUAGAAUGACAAUGUACUCUCUACAUCUCUGUGUUUACAUGCUGCCAUUUAAUGAUUAUUUCUUCAAGUGGAUGAUGUUCAGUGAACAUAGGGAUGGCGUUCUGACCACAAAUUGACGAAUUCUGAAAUCAAUGUCAGUCGAUGUAGCGGCCAGCAAGCAUAGGUUUGAUCUCAAUGUUAGUAGGGACGAUAUAACAGCAUAACCUGCAUGUACACUUUGCUGGGGACGGGACAUUUAUAAGACCAAACUGAUUAGGUGAACUGGAGUCAGGGCUAAAUUUCUCACCAAUAUGAACCUAAAUAAUUGAUAGGCUGAAUCAGACAUGUCUAAAGUCCGGCCCGGGGGCCAAAUGCGGCCCGUGGUCAAAUUUCAUCCGGCCCCCAGCCUCUGUCAUAAAAUCAAUAUCAUCUGGCCCGCACACAGACUUAAUGAAUUGGUCAGCAGUACUGCUACCAGCAUAUGAAAUAGCUUACACACUAAACGCUGCUCCUCAUUUACCCACUAGAAGGCAGCAGUACUCUAAGCAACAUUAUCCUGUGUGACCAUUUACUCCCAAUUUUCUAAAAUGGCGACAAUUAACAAACGAAAAAAGGUUGACUAGUCUGCGGCGGCCGACGAUAGGUGGAAAUUGGACUAUUUCUUCACUAAAAUACGCAACAACUGUGUCUGCCUUAUUUGGAAAGGGACUGUUUUUAAAAAGUUCAAUGUGUGGCGAUAUUACCAAACAAGACACACUGACAUGUAUGACAAAAUUAUAAGGAAGCUAGGUAGUGAGAAAUUGAAGCAACUUGAAGGUACUGUAUUUUUCGGAUUAUAGUUCGCAGUUUUUUUCAUAGUUUGGCAGGGGGUGCGACUUAUACUCUGGAGCGACUUAUGUGUGAAAUUAUUAACACAUUCUAUCAUUUCACAUGUUAUUUUGGUGUUUUGGAGUGACACUGAUGCUUUGGUAAGCUUGUUAGCAUGUUCUUUCUGCUAUAGUUAUCUGAAUAACUCUUAAUAGCUGUGUUACGCUAACAUAACGGCCGCGUUCGCAUUUCGUUGUUCAUGCAUCAUGUAACAUUAUCAUACUGUACACUUUUUCAGUAUCUUGUUCUCUAUUAUAUUUUUUAUUUUAAAUUGCCUUUCAAGAUGACAUAGCCGUUCUAUGUAUUGGAUUUUAUGAAGUAAAUUUCCCAUAAAAUGCGACUUAUAUUCCGGUGCGACUUAUAUAUGUUUUUUUCCUCUUCGUUGGGCACUUUAUGGCUGGUGCGACCUAUACUCAGGUGCGACUUACUGUCCGCAAAAAUACUGUAGUUUAACUUCACAGCAGUAUUUCGCAAGAGCCCGAGAGUCGAAAGAGAACACCACAAAGGCUAGUUGCGAGAUUGUUGAAAUUAUUAAAAAUAAUAAUAAUAAGGCAAAUGUGACACACAGAAUGGCAUGCUAAAAUUUGCUUAAAUAUAUUGUUCUACGUAAAGGACGCCAGCUAUUGUCGACCCCCCACAUUUUUACCACAUCAAAUCUGGCCCCCUUUGCAAAAAAUUUGGACACCCCUGGGCGAAAUGAUCAAUGCAAAAUAAAUCUUUAUUGAUUUAUACUAACAUUCAUGUGUAUUGUUGGUACACCGUUUGAUUCAAACCAUUGUUUUCAAAAAGUGCUAAAGUAACAUUUUGAAAACUUCCAGAAUAAAUGUCUGGAGUUUAUGAGCAAAUUUGAUUAGCAAAUUCACACAUAUUAUUGUUAUGCUAACUAUGAUGCAGGUCGGACUUUCAGUAGCAAAAUUAGUGGUGUGUUCCCCAUCUGCAUAACAUUGACGUCUUUUUACAUAGUGGGGCGGAGG